UUUUCUUCUCUCAACAACAAAUUAGAGAGAGAAACUAUAAUGUGCUCUCACUCUUCUCCUCCUUCUUCACCCUCACUGUCCAAGACAAAUUGAACCGCAUCUAUUUUCUCUCUCUAAAUCUACCCAUCAUUUUCUAGAGUGACAAACUGGUGAACAAUAGGGUGUUGAUUUUGUUGUAACCAUGAAAUCAUUAAUGGUGUUAUUUUGGAUGGUAAUGUUGGUGUUUUAUAAUGCUGAUUUGAUGCAAUGUAGUGUGAGUUAUGAUAGAAAAGCACUUGUGAUUAAUGGCCAAAGAAGGGUUUUGAUCUCUGGUUCUAUACAUUAUCCUAGAAGUACUCCUGAUAUGUGGGAAGAUCUAAUAAUGAAGGCAAAAGAUGGAGGGGUUGAUGUGAUUGAUACUUAUGUGUUUUGGAAUGGUCAUGAGCCUUCUCCUGGCAAUUACCAUUUUGAAGGACGAUAUGAUCUGGUUAGAUUCUUAAAGACUGUUCAAAAAGCUGGACUCUAUGCUCAUCUCAGAUUAGGACCUUAUGUUUGUGCAGAGUGGAAUUUUGGUGGAUUUCCUGUAUGGCUGAAGUAUGUUCCAGGUAUCAGUUUCAGAACUGAUAAUGAACCUUUCAAGAUGGCAAUGCAAGGAUUCACUGAAAAGAUUGUAAACUUGCUCAAGAGUCAUAACCUUUUUGAGUCUCAAGGUGGCCCAAUUAUUCUCUCACAGAUUGAGAAUGAAUAUGGAAAACUAAGGAUGAAACUUGGACAAGAAGGGUAUAACUACAUGUCCUGGGCUGCACACAUGGCUCUCAGUACGCAGACAGGUGUUCCAUGGACAAUGUGUAAAGAUGAUGAAACUCCCGAUCCUCUGAUCAAUACUUGCAAUGGUUUCUACUGCCAUCAAUUUACACCCAACAAACCAUACAAACCUAAGCUCUGGACUGAGGCGUGGACUGGCUGGUUUACUGAGUUUGGAGGACCCAAGCCCCAAAGACCGGUACAAGAUUUGGCUUUUGCUGUUGCACGGUUCAUACAAACAGGCGGGACAUUUGUGAACUACUACAUGUACCAUGGUGGAACGAACUUCGGACGAACUGCAGGAGGUCCAUUCAUCACUACUAGUUACGACUAUGAUGCUCCUCUUGAUGAAUAUGGGUUGAUCAGGCAGCCGAAAUAUGGUCACUUGAAGCAACUUCACAAGGCGAUUAAGCUAUGUGAACCAGCAUUGGUUUCAGCUGAUCCUAUAGUUACUCACUUGGGGGAUCAACAACAGGCUUAUGUCUUUUACCCAGAAAGUGGAGGCUGUUCAGCCUUUCUGUCUAAUUAUGAUAAAGAAUCUGGUGUGAGAGUCCUGUUCAAUAAUAGGCACUACAGCUUGCCUCCAUGGUCCAUCAGCAUUCUUCCUGACUGCAGGAAUGUAGUUUUCAACACCGCAAAGGUUGGAGAACAAACAUCACACAUGGAAAUGCUGCCUAGUAAUGUACAAAUACAAUCAUGGGAGAGUUAUAACGAAGAUAUAUCAGCUCUAGAUAACGAUGGCUCAACAAUAACAGCCCGUGGUCUAUUAGAGCAGAUAAAUAUGACCAGAGAUAGAACCGACUAUCUCUGGUACAAAACUAGUGUUCAUAUUAAUUCUUUGGAAUCUUUCUUUCAUGGUGGGGAACUCCCGACACUUAUUGUGGGAUCAGCAGGACAUGCUGUUCAUGUCUUCUUGAAUGGACAACUUAUAGGAUCGGCUUUUGGAGCAAGAAAGAGUAGAAGAUUUACAUUCACUCAAAAAGUGAAUGUACGACCGGGAACAAACAAAAUAGCACUACUAAGCAUAGCAGUUGGUUUACAAAAUGUGGGAGGACAUUUCGAGUCUUGGAACACAGGAAUCCUUGGCCCGGUUGUAUUACAUGGCCUUGAUCAAGGAAAACUCGACUUAUCCCGAAAGAAAUGGACCUAUCAGAUUGGUCUGAAGGGUGAAACUAUGAAUCUUGCCUCUCCAAAUGGUAUAUCCUCGGUAGAGUGGAUGGACAGUAAAAUUGCUGUGCAAGAACAGCAACCAUUAAUGUGGCACAAGGCUUACUUUGACGCACCAGAAGGAAAUGAGCCGUUAGCUUUGGACAUGCGAAGUAUGGGAAAGGGUCAAGUCUGGAUCAAUGGGGAAAGUAUUGGAAGAUAUUGGACAACUUAUGCUACUGGUGAAUGUAGAAGGUGCAGCUACACUGGGAGAUUCCAACCGCCUAAGUGUCAAGUUGGAUGUGGAAAACCUUCCCAAAGAUGGUACCACGUUCCUCGAUCCUGGUUAAAGCCUACAAGAAAUCUGAUUGUUCUCUUUGAGGAAACUGGUGGUGAUCCAACCAAAAUUUCCCUUGUGAAGAGAUCAAUGAACACAAUAUGUGCGCAGGUCUCCGAGACCCAUCGAACCAUAAAAAGCUUUCAGGUCGAAAACUAUGGAAGUACUACACAAGAAUUCUACAUACCCAAAGUUCAUUUACAAUGUGCACCCAACCAGCACAUCUCCUCCAUCACAUUUGCAAGUUUCGGAACACCUGUUGGAACUUGUGGAAGUUUCACUGAGGGCUCUUGCCAUGCUUCGACCUCAAAUGAUGUCUUAGAAAAGAAAUGCUUAGGGAAGCAAAGUUGUGCAGUGAGUGUAACUAACAGCAAUUUCGGAAAGGACCCAUGUCCAAACGUGUUGAAGCGAUUAUCAGUUCAAGCGCUCUGCGCCUAUAGUACAAACUAGUAUACACCAUUGAUCAAGUCAUACACAUGAUAGUUUCAUCAACAUACAGGGAAAAAGAAGGAACAGUCUCCAAGUGUAAGUUUAUAGAUAGGUUCAAACUAAUGUAGCUAUAUAGAGUAGAUUUGGGACCAAACCAAAAUCACUCGGAAGUAUUUGGAAGGUUAGAUUAUAGCUAAAUGGUUUGGGUGUCUAUUCUGUAAUUGUAUAUUAGAUUUUUUAGGCUUAGUGAGUGAGUAUGUGAAGUAGGAAUUGUCUUUAAAGAUUAUGGUGAGUUUUCUUCAUCUUAUUUUCUUUUUAUAAAUUCAUUGAUGGCCAUUUUUUUGUAGGA